GUUUGGUUGUCAGUCUGUCUCAUUAUUCCGCCAUCAUUUCAUGCCCGUAACCGGUGGGCAUCUGGUACCUGGUGUCAUGCUGACUGGGCGAGGCCCCCUUGGCGCCAUUACCGUCCCUCCAAUCGCCUCCCUGCGGCGGCGGCAUGCCGUAGCCGUUGGCCACCGGCUGCAUCGGCUGCUGGCUCUGCUGGUGGGUCGCGUAGAUGCCGCCGCCAGGGGGGCUGGGCGAGGGCGAUGACAUGGCGUGCCCGUUGGCAGGCUUGGGGGGGUAGUUCUGGCGCCCGUUGGUGGCGUACUGGGGCUGCUGCUGCUGCUGCUUGUACUGGUCGAACAUGUUAGGCGGUGGCGGUGGUGUGGUCAUCUGGUGCUGUGGCACAGGGCCCGUGUAGGAGGUGGGUGUGUAGUGGGUGGGAGGGGGAGGUGGGGGGGGACCGCCGGACGCACUCAUGUACUGGGGAGGCAUGCCCUGGUAACCCUGCACACCACACGUGGGGCCACGGAAGCAAAGCAAGAUAGAUAGAUAGCCACAUUGUAUGUAAUGCAACUCUUGGUCUCGUGUGUGUUGGUUGGGUUGAGUUGUAACGCACCAUCGGCGAUGGUUGUUGCGACAUUGGUGGUGUGUUCGCUGGUGGGGCGUAGCUGGAGUAGCCCAGGGGCAUCGAAUGCACGCCGCCACGAGCCGUCGGAGAGCCACCCAUAGCUGACCCACACACAUGACAGACACGACACAUGUGAUGUGACAUCCACAUCAGCGAGCGGGGCUGUGCUGUGAGCAAGGUGUGUCGUUGGAACUGACCAGCAUCUGGCAUGGCGUGUGCGGGCUGUGCCGUGGGUAGUGAUUUGGUGAAGUCGCGGCCCUUGUUGGGGUUGUCCUUCACCGACAGCUCCGUCAACUUUGAGGGCUGAACCUGCACACCAAACCAAGGCGCACCAACAUUCCAAUGGGUGGGGUGGAUCUGUCUGGUGAUGGUCGCUGGGCUGGCAUGGGUGGCUUGUAUUGGGUAGGUAAGUAGGUAGGUAGGUAGGUACCUGUAGUGUGUUGCAGCCGUCGUACAUGUUGCGCCCGUUGAGUUGUGUGAGGGCCUGCACGGCGUUGGUGCAGUUCUGGAACUGAAUCAACGCCUGGGUCAUGCCCUGCACCUUCUGAAACAACACUAUCUGCAUUGCAGCACACAAUUAACAUGCCAACAGACACACACACACACACAUGAACAGGCUCCCUCCCUCCAUAGGCCUUGAGCGAGUGAGUCCCUGACUGACCUUUUCGAUGAAUCCGUGUGCCGAGAAGAUGCCGUGGAGCGUGUCGAUGUCGACGGGGUACUGGAGGUUGGUGACGUAGACGAGCAGGAUGCGACAGUUGGCGUUGCGCUCCUGGUUGGUCACCACAGACUUGCGGGUGCUGUAGCACCCCUGGAUGAUGCACCCACGGAUCACCACACCGCCCUGACGCACGUGAGCCAACGCUGUCGACGCCGCUGGCUCGUUCUGAUCGAUCGAUUAACCAACGGCAGACAGACAAACACGUGAGUGACCAGCCGUGUGUUUGUGUGGUCUGCUGGCAUACAUACCGGGAACUGGACGAAGGCCUGUCCAGCACUGGGGUUGUGGAACAUCCUGAGCUCCUGCCCCAUGGAGAAGGGCGAGAAGGCCAGCCUGAUCUCCUGCUCGUUGACGUCCCUCGGCAAGUUGCGGAUCAGCAGCACACGACCCGGCGGCGCAUUCGGCCCCACACUCUGCCGCUUCUGAGCCAUCAUGCUGUCGUCCGUCAACGGCGUCUGCCCGCCCGGCGUAGCCACGGGCAGCAGGCCCUGUGGCGGGGAGUGAGCGUGUGUGGGCAUGGGAUAGCCGUUGGUGGGUGCGGCAGCCACCGGGGGGUAGCCGGGCAUGGGGGCUGCGGCGGCCAUGCGGGGGGAGGGGUCGUAGGAGCGCUUCAUCGCGUAGCUCGGGUCCAUCAU